UCGUCUGAACUUGAAGACACCCCACAUUCCAUGAUGCCCGAGGUUCCUGGGAAUGCCUGGGGUUCUUGGAUCCGGAAAAUCCUACGGGCAUCUUCCUAGGAAGGAAUUCUGUUUUCUUUCCUUUUUUUUUUUUAAACCUGGAAGAGAAGAGAACAAGUUGUGCUCCCCCCACCCUUCUUCUUGCUAAAUGCCAUGGAUAUAACUGAAUAAGCCGCUCAGGGCUCUCCCCGCGCGGACGUCGGAGGCCACCAUCUGCCUGCAUUCGCCGGAGCCGGAGGUUUAGCUCGAGCCUGUCUCGAGCGGGGAAGGAUGCGUGGCCGAGCCGGGGAGCCCGAGCGCCCCGCGGAGCCGGCCUCGGAGCCUCCCAGCCGAGGGUAGAUGCUGCCUUGCCCAGGCUCCAAGGCCGAGUGACCAGACCAUGGAGACCCUGCUUGGUGGGCUGCUGGCGUUUGGCAUGGCGUUUGCCGUGGUCGAUGCCUGCCCCAAGUACUGUGUCUGCCAGAACCUGUCUGAGUCACUGGGGACCCUGUGCCCCUCCAAGGGGCUGCUCUUCGUGCCCCCCGACAUCGACCGGAGGACAGUGGAGCUGCGCCUGGGCGGCAACUUCAUCAUCCACAUCGGCCGCCAGGACUUCGCCAACAUGACGGGGCUGGUGGACCUGACUCUGUCCAGGAACACCAUCAGCCACAUCCAGCCCUUCUCCUUCCUGGACCUGGAGAGCCUCCGCUCCCUGCACCUGGACAGCAACCGGCUGCCCAGCCUGGGAGAGGACACCCUCCGGGGCCUGGUCAACCUGCAGCACCUCAUCGUCAACAACAACCAGCUGGGUGGCAUCGCAGAUGACGCCUUCGAGGACUUCCUGCUGACGCUGGAGGACCUGGACCUCUCCUACAACAAUCUGCAGGGCCUGCCCUGGGACUCCGUGCGGCGCAUGGUCAACCUCCACCAGCUGAGCCUGGACCACAACCUGCUGGACCACAUCGCCGAGGGCACCUUUGCCGACCUGCAGAAACUGGCCCGCCUGGACCUCACCUCCAACAGGCUGCAGAAGCUGCCCCCAGAUCCCAUCUUUGCCCGCUCCCAGGCUUCUGUUCUGACCGCCACGCCCUUUGCCCCGCCCUUGUCCUUUAGUUUCGGGGGGAACCCGCUGCACUGCAAUUGCGAGCUGCUUUGGCUGCGGAGGCUCGAGAGGGACGAUGACCUGGAGACCUGUGGCUCCCCGGGGGCCCUCAAGGGGCGCUACUUCUGGCACGUGCGUGAGGAGGAGUUUGUGUGUGAGCCGCCUCUCAUCACACAGCACACACACAAGCUGCUGGUCCUGGAGGGCCAGGCGGCCACGCUCAAGUGCAAGGCCAUCGGGGACCCCAGCCCCCUGAUCCACUGGGUAGCCCCCGAUGACCGGCUGGUGGGCAAUUCCUCAAGGACCGCUGUAUAUGACAACGGCACCCUGGACAUCCUCAUCACCACGUCUCAGGACAGCGGCGCCUUCACCUGCAUUGCCGCCAACGCUGCGGGGGAGGCCACGGCCACCGUGGAGGUUUCCAUUGUCCAGCUGCCACACCUCAGCAACAGCACCAGCCGCACGGCGCCCCCCAAGUCCCGCCUCUCGGACAUCACGGGCUCCAGCAAGACCGGCCGAGGUGGUGGAGGCAGCGGGGGCGGGGAGCCUUCUAAAAGCACCCCCGAGAGGGCUGUGCUGGUGUCCGAUGUGACCACCACCUCGGCCCUGAUCAAGUGGUCGGUCAGCAAGUCGGCGCCGCGGGUGAAGAUGUACCAGCUACAGUACAACUGCUCCGACGAUGAGGUACUGAUCUACAGGAUGAUCCCAGCCUCCAACAAGGCCUUCGUGGUCAACAACCUGGUGUCGGGGACAGGCUACGACCUGUGCGUGCUGGCCAUGUGGGAUGACACGGCCACGACCCUCACGGCCACCAACAUCGUGGGCUGCGCCCAGUUCUUCACCAAGGCUGACUACCCGCAGUGCCAGUCCAUGCACAGCCAGAUCCUAGGUGGCACCAUGAUCCUGGUCAUCGGGGGCAUCAUCGUGGCCACGCUGCUGGUCUUCGUCGUCAUCCUCAUGGUGCGCUACAAGAUCUGCAAUCAGGAGGUCCCCAGCAAGAUGGCAGCAGCCGCUGUCAGCAACGUGUACUCGCAGACCAAUGGGGCCCAGCCUCCACCUCCGGGCAGCGCGCCCCCUGGGCCAGCCCCGCCAGCCCUGCAGCCGCGGCCCAAGGUGGUGGUGCGGAACGAGCUGGUGGGCUUCAGCGACUCUUCCUCUUCCAGCUCACUGGGCAGCGGGGAGGCUGCGGGGCUGGGACGGGGUCCCUGGAGACUUCCACCUCCUGCCACCCGCCCCAAACCCAACCUUGACCGCUUGAUGGGGGCCUUUGCUUCCCUGGACCUCAAGAGUCAGAGGAAGGAAGAGCUGCUAGACUCCAGGACUCCAGCAGGGAGAGGGUCCGGGACAUCAGCCAGGGCCCAACACUCAGACCGAGAGCCACUGCUAGGGCCCCCGGCCGCCCGGGCCAGGAGCCUGCUCCCUCUGCCCCUGGAGGGCAAGACCAAACGCAGCCACUCCUUUGACAUGGGGGACUUUGCAGCUGUGGCUACCGCUGCAGGAGGGGUGGCCCCCGGUGGCUACAGUCCUCCGCGGAGGGUCUCAAACAUCUGGACGAAGCGCAGCCUUUCCGUCAAUGGCAUGCUCUUGCCAUUUGAGGAGAGUGAUCUUGUGGGGGCCCGGGGGACUUUCGGCAGCUCCGAGUGGGUGAUGGAGAGCACGGUGUAGCCCCCCGGGUGGUACCCUCCCUCCCACCCCCGAGGAGUGGGAGAAGUAGGGCAAAGGACCUUUUCGGGCAAGUCUUGUGGAGUUUCCAUGGUGAUGUUUACAUCCAGGGGCAGUUCUGUCUCCCGGUGGACGCCUCUCGUCCCUUCUUCCCAGUCCCCCGCCCCCCAUGUCACCUUCCCAGGCCCGUCCCCACCACCCAGCAGGGUGUGCUCAGGGAAUGUGACUCGCUCAAGUGUCCGCUGAGCCCUGAGUGUUUGGAGAGGCGGGGACUCCGUCUUUCUGAUCACCAAUGUAGCGUCGAGCAAGCGGCUUCGGAUCGCUCAUGGGUCCAGUGCUGUUUUUAUUUCUAAUUUAUGUUUCCAUUUCCCAGACUUCUCCUCUUCAUUCCCACAGAUAACCGAGAGAAUUCCCUCUACACGAGAAAGCGUCCUCCCUGGCUGUGGGUGACCAUGGCCAGUUGGCAAGGUGUGGGGAUGACUCUGGUCUCAGUCUUGUUUUGGAGGAGUGUGGAGUUCCCUGCCCAGAGCCCUCAUUACCCGCAGCCAUCCCCACGCCCUGCUCUGGGAGGCAGGAGAGGCUGAUAGUGACCCAGUGUCCUUUGCUUCUCAAAUAGGCCCUCACCCAGCACAGUGGCUUAAGCCAGAGGGUGACCUCCGGGACCUACACAUGGGUAGGGAGGGGGCUCUAGCCUGUAGGGCAUAGGGACCUUGCUCUGGGGUUGCUUCAGGGCAUGUGCCUCUUUUCCUGGGAAGCUGGGACAGGAAGUUCCCAUGAUCGUGUGCUGGCUGAGAGGGGUGACCAGGGGACAACAGAUUUUGAGCCCAGAGCUCUGGGUGUGGUUUCCAGAGCCACAGGGACCACCAGCUGAAUAACACAGGCGAGGACAUUUUCUCUGUGGAUCUCGGCUUUCUAAGUGGCAAAAUCCUGAGACAGAACUAGAAGACCCCCCACUUCCCUUCCAGUCUCAGGACUCACUGGCUUUCCCCAACUCUAGCGCACGGUGUCCAGCUCAGUGGGCCAGGAGCACCAGCUGCCAGAGCAGUCCCUAUCCUCUCCGGGCACAGAGGGAACAUUCUAGAUGUUUGAGGGAAAUCGGAAUCAGAGUUUUGGAGCUUGGGGAGGUGUGGUGAUCAUCCCACCCUCAGCUCUUCCUGCGUCUCCCUGAGAGCAGAGACGGGCCCACAGUCUCAUGGAGCAUCAGUGACCAAGCCAGGGCAGGGCGGAGGCUGCCUACCUCCUGGGGGCAUUGGGAUCCAGGCCCCUGUCUUCACCCCAACUAGAACAGUUCUGUGUCCCAGGUCUGUCCCAUGUCUGUUCCUGAAGAAGGAGGCUCAGGAUGGGAUCUGGGGUGCCUUCUGGAUGGUUCCCUGAGGAGGACCCACCCCUAGAGGUGGGUAGGGUGGGAGGGGAGGCUCACCCUUCCAGUCUACUUAGGGAUUAACCCCCCACUCCCAGAGAGCCGGGAGAAACUCUUGAGGACACACCUGAAUGGUGUUCCCUGCAUCCUUGUGGUCCUGGCCUCUGCCUCCUUCUGCGUCUCUCCCCAUGGCCAACGCACUACCUCUCCCUCCCUGGGUCUCCCCGAUUCACGCCUCCCUCCCCCCAGCCUCCUCCACGGACCUCCACCCUCUUCCUCUUGUUCUUCCUCCUCCUCCUCCUUCUACUUGCCCACCACAGUGGGAAAAGCACACAGGUGAGGCCAUUCUGGACUUUGUAGAAGUUCUGAUGGGCUCGGGUCUGAGGCUAGGAGGCACGCCCCGCCCUGCCUCCUGGGCACCAGCGGGUGGAGGCGGGGCUCCCUGCAGGGCCACCUUCUGGCUCCACGUAGGAGCCUCCCCACCCAGCUGUGCCCUUCCGCCCUCUCUCCGCUCCCCUCUCCCCUCCCGUCUCCUGUCUUGGUUCUUCUUUUCCUGUCUGCUACUCUGCCCUCCCCCUAUCUUUUUCUGGUUCUAACAAGGUCAUUAGCAGAUCAGGCCAGUCUCUCCCAAGACUCCAGGUUCAUUUUCCAAGCCACCCCCAGUGCCAGGGGGCUAUCCCUUCCCUGUCAGGGUGGCACCCACAGAAUUGGGCGACUUGAAGGGAAAUCUCUCCCCCUCCCCUUCCCCUCCCCCUGGUCUGUGACUCCUACCCCUUCGUCCUGUCCAAACGUCGCCAUUGUGGAAGUGGUCUCCAAUGCCACCUGACGUUUUGCCUUUGUUAGACCCGCAGGGGGAUGUGGUGGGCAGCGGAAGGGGAAGAGCCAACUCACUGUCUGUGCCCUUCAGCCGGCAGAGCUCUGUCGUGACACGAUAUGUACUUGCUCUUUUGAUUGUCAUGUUUCUGACUUGGGGGUUGGGGAAAGCAACAUCCCUGUGGUCAGAAUAUAAAUGCCAAUCUUCUCGCAAAAGAUAAAGUACAGUCAAAUGUAUGGUUUUCCAAACAGCUACCGACCACACUUCCUGGGAGGGAGGAAAAAAAAAAAAAACAUUCUCCUGUCUGUGAAUGUCUGCUGUUCAUUUCUCUGGAAACUCUGGGUUUUCUAAAGAUGACUUUGAAAUGGCA